AUGCAUUGGCGAGCGCUAUUCGCCGCCUCUGCACUCUGGUCCACAGCGACCACCGCACUGCCCAGUCCAGCCGAUACAAACUUGAACACAGACAUACAUACAUCAGAGUCGAACAUCAAACGAACCAGUCAACCCGACCCAGCGCCCAAGAAAUGGGUCGAUCAAACCCUGAAAGACCCUCUCUGGCUAAAAUACGGCCUCAAUGCCUCCGCCGAAUAUAAAUAUUUCCAUGAACCCGGCCGCGACGAUAUCCUUGGUCACUACGAUACCCGCUUCUUCACAUCCCCAGUAGACGAUGCCUCCCGCUCCGAAACCCUCAUACAUAUGAUUCGCGCCUACCUAAAUUUCUUCAACGAGAACGAGCUCGAAACCUGGAUUGCACAUGGCACCUUACUGGGCUGGUGGUGGAAUGGUCGAAUUCUUCCCUGGGACUGGGAUAUGGAUACCCAGGUCCCUGACACGACGCUCGCAUACCUAGCGGAUCAUUAUAAUGGUACGGUGGUGGAAUAUACUGCGCCGGAUUCAAGGGAGAAACGACAGUAUUUGCUUGAUGUGAAUCCUUGGUCAAGGCAGCGAGAGAGAGGACAAGGUCAUAAUAUUAUUGAUGCGAGGUGGAUUGAUGUGGAUACGGGAUUGUAUAUUGAUAUCACGGGAUUGAGUCGUUUGGAACCGGAUACGCAUCCGGAUAUUUGGCAGUGUAAGAACUUCCAUAAGUAUCGCAUUGGAGAUUUGUAUCCCCUGCGCAAGACUUCUUUUGAGGGUGUACAGGCCAAUGUACCCUUUGGGUAUGAUUUGGUUCUUAUGGAGGAGUAUUCGGCUAAGGCCUUGAUCAACAGCAAGUUUCAUAAUCAUACUUGGUUUCCCGAGCUGGCGGAAUGGAUCUCGGAUGAUAUUAUUGCCAAGUUGACAGUCAAGCUGUCCGAGUCUGAUGAGAAACAGUAUGAGUGA